AUGGAUAAGACUGCCCUUUAUCACUUCAGCAGCAGCAGCAGCAGCAGCCGGCACUUGGCGCUGCUGCUGCCGACCCUACAGCGCGCUCGCAGCAGCCGCUGCUCCUGCUGCUGCAGCACCUGCUGCUCGCCCGCAGCAGCCGCUGCUCCUGCUGCUGCAGCACCUGCUGCUGCAGCGGGAGCAGCAGCCAGCGCAGCAGCAGCACCAGCAGCUGCGCAGUUGCAGGUCUCCCGUCUAAAGAGCGUCUCAACUAGGCUCCUGCAGCAGCAGCAACAGCAGCAGCAGCAGCAGCAGCCGAAGGGUCGUUCAGCAGCAGGCAUAUCCAAGACUGAACAGAGCAGCAGCAGCAGCAACAACAACAACAGAAGCCGCCGCAGCAGCAGCCUCAGCAGCAGCAGCACCAACACCAGCAGCAGCAGCAGCAGCAGCAGCAAACCAAGUGCUGCAGCAACAUCUCUUAAUGCCUUGCUGCUCAAUAUACACUCAAUCCCAGAAGCAGCACCAAGCCACCUCUGUGCAGCAGCAAAAGCAGCAGCAGCACAACCUCGGCUUGACGAUUUGUUUGCUGCAUUUGCUACUGCUGCUGCUGCUGCUUCUGCUGCUGCUGCAGUGCGCCGCACAGCAGCAUCAGCAGCAAUAGGAGCAGUAGCGGUUUUUUGGAUCGCCAUUUGUAGACGCGCAGUAACAGCGGGGAGGCAGCUGAGGCUGCGAGAUGCUGCAGUGCUGCUGUCUGCUGCUGCUGCAGCACAACGCCUCCUGCAGCAGCAGCAGCAGCAGCAGCAGCAGCAGCCGCAGCAGGUGAUAGCGAAGCAACAACUGCUGCAACAACACAAUCUUAUGGUGGAUACUGCAGCAACAGCAUUGCUGAGGGGCCUGCUGCGGCUCCAGCAGCAGCAGCAGCAGCAACACCAACAGCAGCAACAACAGCAGAAGCAGCAGCGGCCACAGCAGCAACAGCACCUAGAACAGCAGCAGCAGCAGCUGCUGCUGCAAAGUAGACUAACUCCGUCGCUGCUGUCUUCUGCUUUGCGUGCAUUUGCUGCCUUGAGGCUGCAGCACCCGUUGCUGCUGCAGCAGCUAACUGCUGCUGCGGUGUCUCUGCAGCUUCACACCUUUUCUGGCUACGAUAUUAAUGCCUUCUGCUCCGCCUUCCUAGCAGCAACGCAGCAGCAGCACCAGCAGCACCAGGUGCAGCAGCAGCAGCAGCAGCAGCAACUCCAGCAGCAGCAGCAUGCUGCACUAGCUGCACAGCUGGAAGCCAUCUUGCUGCAGCAGCUGCCGCCUGCAAUUGCAGCAACCCACCGAAAAAAUGAAGCCUUGCUGCAGCAGCUCCAGCAUGACCUGCAGCAACUGCAGCAGCAGCAGCAGCAGCAGCAGCAGCCGGGGCUGACGGAGGUGGCUGCCGCGCAGCAGAUUGCAUGCAGCCUGCAGCAGCUGCUGCUACAGUCCCCCCACAAGUUUGCAGCAGCUUGGCAGCAGCAGCAACAGCAGCAGCAGCAGAGGCAGGAGACAAACAUAAGUUUGUUGCUGCGGCUCUGUGUAGAGCUGCGUAUACACCGCAGCCUCCCGCUGCUGCUGCAUGCAGCAGCGCUGCAGCUUGAGCAGACGCGGCUGCUGCUGUGUCUUCUGGGGUUGCAAAGAAUGAAGGGGAGAAGCCCCUCAGCUUCAGCACUUGCUGCUGCUGCUGCUGCUGCUGCUGCUGCAGACGCUGCGCCUAUGGCAGCAGAUGCUAGCUAUGCUGCUGCUGCUGCUGCUGCAGGCGCUGCAGAUGCUGCAAAUGCAGCGCCGGAUGCAGCAGCUGCAGGAGCAAAGGUUGCUGCUGCAGCAGGUGGUGGCGGUGCUGCUGGUGCUGCUGAUACUGCAGGAGCAGCAACAGCAGCAGCAGCAGCAGCAGCAGCAGCAGAGCACCCGUUUGUUUUUGUGCAGUGUCUCGCCACCUGUAGGGACCUCGCAGGCCUAUCUGCAGCCUUGCUGCUGCUUGAGCAGCAGCAACUCGAGUCUGUGAACUCCCAGCUGCUGCUGUUGCAGCAGCAACUGCAGCAGCAACAGCAGCAACAGCAGCAACAGCAGCAGCAGCAGCAGCAGUUGGUCGAUAUGCCUACAUUGGUUGUUUCUACUUUGCUGCACAAGACGGCGUCUCACGGGUUAUUUGCUGCUGCAGUUCCUGCCUGUCUCCAACCGAGAGCAGCAGCAGCAGCAACAACAAUAACAGCAGCAGCAGCAGCAGAACCUGCAGCAGUGGCAGCAACAAACACAACACAGGCAGUCGCAGCAGCAGCAGCAGAUGCAGCCGCCGCCGCUGCUGCAGCAAAUGCAGCACAAACAAACAAAGUGCUGCUGCCUCUAGAGCGCUUGCUGCUCCUUGCUGCUGAUCACGCGGCCCUGCUGCUGGCUGUCAGCAGCAGCAGCAGCAGCAGCAGCAGAGACAGCUACCACGAGUUUGUGUCGGCUGCUCAGAUCGCCAGCAGCAGCAGCAAACUCUGCCGCAGCAGGCUUACAACCGGAACAGAAGCAGCAGCAGCAGCAGCAGCAGCAGCAGCAGCAGUGGGGCAGCGGCUCUUCCCUCUUGCUGCUCUGCUGCAGCUAGAGCUGCAGCAGCAAGGAAGCAGCUUGACAGUAGAUCAGCUUUCAAUGUGCUGCCGCUUCUUUACCCAAAUUGCAGCAGAUGCAGCAGAUGCAGCAGCAGCAAAUGCUGCUGCUGCUGCUGCUGCAGAUGGAGCAGCAGCAGCCGAAACAGCACUAUCAGCAGCAGCAGCAGCGGUAACAACAAUGGGCUCACGUGCUGCAGCCGAAACAGCAGCAGCAGCAGCAGCAACACCAGCAGCAGCAGCAACACCAGCAGCAGCAGCAGCUGCAGCAGCAGCUGCUAAUGUUGCUUCCAGCAUGUCUUCAGUUUUGUGCUGCUUCAUUUGUUUAUUUGCUGCUCCCUUUGCUGCUGCAGCCUCACGGCUGCUGCCGACAAUGAACAUCUCUCACGUUCUCGCCUGUCUCCACGCAGCAGCAAAGCAGCAAAAGCUGCUGCUGCUGCUGCAGCAACAGCAGCAGCAGCAGCAGCACGGGAGGGUGUUGGGGGUGCUGCUGCAUCGCUACUCCCUGCAGCAGCUGCAGCAAAGCGAACAGCAAACCAUCAGGCGACUCAGUCAGCUGCUGCUGCAGCACGAAGCACUUUUGCUGCACCCACAGCAGCAGCAGCAGCUGCAGCAGCAGCAGCAGCAGCAGCAGCAGCAGCUGAUGGAAGCAAGCUCAGUGCCUCAGUACGAUUUGCUGCCGCGCAUGCAAGGCAGUCUUAUAGCAGCAGCUGCUGCACUGGAGCAAACGAAGUCCCCUGCUGCUGCUUCUGCUGCUGCUGUUGCUGCUGUUGCUCGAUUGCUGCUGCUGCAGAGAGAUCAGCCGCAGCAGCAGCAGCCUUCUGCUGCUGCUGCGCUGUCGCUGCAGCAAUGCACCCUUCUCCUAAGAGCCCUUGCCAAGUUUCAGCUACGAGAUGCAGAUAUGCUGGCUCGGCUCUGCAGCAGAUUGAAGACGUUACUCCAGCAGCAGCUGCAGCAGCUGCAGCAGCAACAGCAACAAGAAAAGCAAGAGCAGCAGCCCAAUGAACAACAAGAGCUGCAGCAGCACCACCAUCAGCAGCAACAGCAGCAGCAGCAGCAGCAGCAGGAUGCGUCUGUUUUGCUUACAGGGCAGCAGCUCUCUCAAUUGCUGCUAAGCUUAGCGCAGCUGUCUUUCUUUCCUAUUCAUCUGCAGCAAGCUUCAGGUGUACAUACACCUGAACAAGAAGCAGCAGUAUGUGGGCUGUUUGAGGUGCUGCUGCUGCUGCUGCAGCAGCAGCAGCAGCAGCUCUUGCUGCAACGAAGCAUGGGGCUUCAGAGCGCGGCAAACUGUUUGCAUGCGCUGUCUCUAUCGGAUUUCUCUAUGGCGGCUUCACGCAGCAAAGAGGCAGCAGACUGCAGCAGCAGCAGCAGCAACAGCAGCAACAGCAGCAACAGCAGCAACAGCAACAGCAAUCGAACAAACCAUUGCUGUACUGCUGCUGAUGGUGGUGCUGCUGCUCUCGUCGAUCUGCUGCUCACUGUAACAAGAAAGCAUCUGCUGCUCUUGCAGCAGCAGCAGCAGCAGCAGCAGCAGAACCAGCAGCAGCCGUGCAGCAGCAGCAGCUUAGCUAAGGUCCUGGAGCUGCUGCCAGCAACGCAGCAGCAGCUGACAGCAGCAGCAGCAGCAGCAGCAGCACAUCGUCAUGCUUCGCUCUGCGCCGCCCUUCAGCCAGAGAACAUUAAAUUUUUAAAUGAAGUGCAGCAGCAAACUUGCAGCAUAAUAUGCGCAGCAGCCCCGGUAGGCAGCAGCAGCAGCAGCAGCAGUAGCAACAGCGACGUCAGCAGCGGCGAAAGCAACAGCUUCUGCAGCAACAGCAGCAGCAGCAGCAACAGCAACAGCUUGAGAAAGAGAGAGGGCAGCAGUCUGCAAAGCGCUGAGGUGUCUGUACACCUCGCUGCAUCGGCGCUGCAGCGCAGCAUCUGCACUGCCCUCUCGCGGCUCUUCCCUGAAGCAGAUCUGCUCGCUGAGGUAACUGCAGCAGCAGCAGCAGCAGCAACAGCAGCAGCAGCAGCAGCAGCAACAGCAGCAGCAGCAAUAUCAACAGUAGUAGUAGCAGCAACAGCAACUGCAGUGGUCCCACUGACGUUUGGUGGAUAUUACAUAGACGCACUCCUUCAACUCAGGGGCAGAACACAGAUUGCAAUUGAGGCGGACGGAGGCCUUCACUUUUAUUCCAGCUGCAGCACUCCCCAGCCGCAAAUACUUCAGCUGCAGCAGCAACAGCAGCAGCAGCAGCAACAGCAGCAGCAGCAGCAGCAGCAGCAGCAGCAGUAG